AUGUUCGCGUCGAUCGCGAUCAACGUCGUCGUCCCCGCGGCGAGCUCGCGCGCGUCCGCGCGGGGCGCGACGCGCGCGCGUCCCGUCGCGCCCCUCGCCUCGUCGCUCGCGUCGAAAAACCCGCUCUCCGAGCGAACCGGCGCCUCGCUCGGAGACCGACGCGCAUUCGCGCGUCGUCGCGCGUCCUCGCUCCGCGCGCGCGCGGGGGACGACCGCGAAGGCUCCGUCGGCGGCGGCACCGGGGACAACGGGCGGAUGCACGUCCCCACGGACGCGUUCGGGGGCAUGUCCCCGGAGUACAAGGCGGCGAGCGCGCUGAAGAGCCUCUUCACGAUGGUCGCGGUUCGAAUCGUGAUGGCUCAAGAGGCGGGGUACGACAACGAAGGCGGCGCGAUGACGCCGACGUAUAAAGGGCUGCAGGACUACCUCCAAGAGAACCCGCUGCGGGACGGGAACAAGUGGUUGGAGGCGCUGAUGCGGCACGAAGACAACAACAUGCGUCUGACCGCGCUCAGGGUGUUGGAGGUGAGGAAAGCGUACGCGGAGGGGCAGUUCGACUUCAAAGGGAUGUCGUCGCUCGCCGUGGAGGAGCUCACGACGGAGAACGACAAGCUGAUGGCGGACUACGUGAAGGACAGCAUGUCGUUGCCGAGCACCGAGGGGAUGGGCAUGGACGGCGCGUGA